AUGACGAGGUUAACCAAAAAGCAACGUGAGAAGAUCAAUGUUGCUUCUGAACUCGGUGAUGAUGAUUGGGAAGGCCACGACAGUUUGCUUGAUGAUCAAGAAAAGACGACAGCCAUCAAGCUUAGCACUGAAGGGAAGCCAAGAAACGGGCGAAUGGGUAGCCAUGUCAGUAGUCGAAAAGUUGUUGUCGUAACUGAUAGCGAUGGUGACGAGAGUUUCCAAACUGCACCUCAAUUGCUAGAGGAUCAUUUGAUUCAACUAUCUGAGUAUAAAGGUAAACCAAGAGGUGAUCAUGCGUUAUCCGUUAUUGCUGAGGCGCUAAACAAGGAAGUAAAAGUUGAAUUUGCUGAGAAGAAUUAUGCUACGCUGUUGUACAUUUGCCUUUUCUGCGUAACCAACAGGAAAGGUUGUGCAAAAGAAUUAUUAUUGGCAUCCAAAGCAAUCGGAUUGUUGGGGAUGAUUGUGGAAGACGAAGACUGUGCCCAUGAAAUUUAUCAAGACUUUAUUACUGUGUUUUUAGAGGAUCUUGUUUCUGAAUCCAAGAAGUCCAAGAUUUUGGAUUCUUUGGCCAUUGUCACUUUUUUUGGAGCCAAGAAUGUUGAGGAGACAGAAAAAGCUAUGCAGAUUAUAUGGAAAUUCCUUCAGGCAGACUGUAAUUCAGGUGAUAAACUAAUUGGGCAAAAGUCUGUACUAGCUGCAGCAAUUUCUGCUUGGUCCUUUCUUCUUUCCUCAAUGGAAGGUUGGAAGAUUAAUCAAAACUACUGGAAAGGUGCAAUUGCGUACCUGUCAAAUCUGCUGGAGGAUGAUGAUGAUGAAUGUGUCUAUGUCGCAGCAGCUGAGGCGUUGGCGCUUAUAUUUGAGACUGAUAGCAUUGACAAGUUCUCAUCUGAGGAUUCAUUCAAACAGGGGUUCAAAGAAAGCAUAACAGAGAAGCUGAGGUGCCAGGCUAUGAAAGCAACUGAAAAUGUAGGGAAACAAGAGGCAAUAAAGGAUGUUUUGAAACAUUUUGAGGCCGGAGGUAAAUCCUCAGAAGCAUAUGCGGAAUUUGGAGGAGAUGAACUGGUAUUGUUGACAUGGACUCAGAGAAUACAGCUGAAGUUUGUCAAGAGUUUUCUCGGAGAAGAUGGAUUUGUCAGGCACAUGAAAGAAAAUGAAAUGCUGCAGUCGGUUUUCGAGUUUACACCCAUUGAUGAUUAUUCUAGAGAUAAAGUUUGCUCACCGGAGAGAACAGAGAUGACCCUUCGCUUCUUCGAAAAGAUAGACUGCUCGAUGCUAUCUUUCAUGAGCAAAGAGAAGAAACAGCUCCUCAAGAGAAUGACUUUGUCCUCUAACUCUUGCUUGAACAAGGCCAGGACUCGACUACUGAACAAGCAGAGAAUGCUACAGUUAGGGAAUGACUAUGAAGAGUAA